UUUUAUAGCUAAUAGAUACAUAGACAUUUUUUACACUUACAAUUAAACAUGGCAAGGGUGGUGAAGCUAACACUUUGUCUUGCUACAUUCUUUUGCAUUUUGAGCUUUGCAAAUGCCCAAAGCGCAUCAAACGUGAGGGCUACAUACAAUUUCUACAAUCCAGAACAAAAUGGAUGGGAUCUGAAUGCUGUUAGUGCUUAUUGUUCAACAUGGGAUGCUAACCAACCCCUUGAAUGGAGGCAGAAAUAUGGAUGGACUGCCUUUUGUGGAUCGGCUGGACCCCAAGGGCAAGACUCGUGUGGAAAGUGCUUACAGGUGACCAAUAUGGCAACCGGAGCUCAAGCUACCGUUAGGAUUGUUGAUCAAUGUAGCAACGGAGGGUUGGACUUGGAUGCUGGCGUUUUCAAUAGCAUUGAUACCGAUGGUAGUGGCUAUGCUCAAGGUCACUUGAUGGUUAACUAUCAAUUUGUAGCUUGUUGAAGCCUAUCAAUCCAUUGUAAAUCU